UUUUGCUUUCUUUUUAYGCUGAACAGUCAGGUAAUGUUGCAGUGAAGGAAGUGUCAUGUCGGCUCGCUGCAGGUAUACCUUAGAGCAGAUUUUCAGUCUUACAGCCAGUGUUUAUUCUCAUAUUGGUACUUAAGCUGUGUAAAUGUGGAUUUGCUGCAUGUAAGCAACGGCUCCACACAGGCUUCUCUGUAAAUGAGGCAGAUCCAGCAGAUAGGUAGUUUGCGUGGCCAGAUGGCACAGCACAGGUAUCUGGACAGGCAUCUGCACAGGUAUCUCUGUAUUGAGACCUAAAAAGUCCAGCUAAGAUGGAGUUUCUAAAGAGCCUGGUUCCUGCUGCGAUCUCAGGGGAGACACCUGUUGAACACGGGACAGCUCUGCCCAAGGAGUCCGGUCCACGGCUUCUCCGCAUGAAAAGACUGGGUCUGCUUGCCAUGGGACAGACAAUUGAAGAAGAUCCAAUAGACCCAGAGACAAAAGUUCAAUCAAGAUUGAGCUCCUCUAGACCUGCAUGGAGUAAUCAAGCACGCCUCAAAGCUUCUGCGCCAGUCAGCAGCAGCGUGGUUAGACGCCGUGCCCCUUCCUCUGUGACUCCACUUUUGUGGGAGAAACACAACAUUGCCGCCAUGUCGAGCAUCACCAUCGACCCCGAGCUUAAACCCGGGGAGUUUGUCAUCAAGAGUCUGUUUGCUGAGUUUGCUGUGCUUGCUGAGAAGAAGAUUGAGAUGGUGAUGGCAGAGCCGCUGGAGAAACCCUUGUCCCGAUCGCUCCAGAGAGGUGAAGAUCCACAGUUUGACCAGUUGAUUAGCUCUAUGAGCUCRAUAGCAGAACAUUGUUUGCCCUCUUUGCUGCGCACUUUGUUCGACUGGUACAGGCGGCAGAGCGGCACUGAAGAUGAGUCUUUUGAGUACAGACCACGCUCGAGUACUAAAUCUAAGGGAGAUGAACAGCACCGGGAUAAAGAUUACCUUCUAGAAAGGCGGGACUUAGCUAUAGAUUUUAUUUUUUGUUUAGUUUCAGUGGAAGUUCUAAAACAGAUUCCUCUUCAUCCUGUGCCAGAUGCUUUAGUACAUGAAGUUCUAAACUUGGCGUUCAAGCACUUCAAACACAAAGAGGGGUACAGUGGCCCCAACACUGGGAAUGUGCACAUCAUUGCAGACCUGUAUGCUGAGGUCAUAGGAGUUCUUACACAGUCAAAGUUUCAGUCUGUCAGGAAAAAGUUCAUCACAGAGCUGAAGGAGCUCCGGCUGAAAGAACAGAGUCCUUACGUAGUCCAGAGCAUCAUCAGCCUCAUCAUGGGCAUGAAGUUCUUUCGUGUCAAAAUGUAUCCUGUGGAGGAUUUUGAGGCUUCUUUUCAGUUCAUGCAGGAGUGUGCUCAGUAUUUCCUUGAAGUCAAGGAUAAAGACAUUAAACACGCUUUAGCUGGCCUUUUUGUUGAGAUCCUCAUCCCUGUUGCAGCUGCAGUGAAAAAUGAAGUCAACGUGCCGUGCCUGAAAACGUUUGUGGAGAUGCUCUACCAGACAACAUUUGAUCUUAGCUCCAGAAAGAAACACUCUUUGGCUCUUUAUCCUCUGGUAACGUGUUUGCUGUGUGUCAGUCAGAAGCAGUUCUUUCUCAACAACUGGCACAUCUUCCUGCAGAACUGCCUCUCACAUCUAAAGAUGCCAUCUAACAACAGCAUCCGAAAGCAGAUUGAGACUCUGCAGAAUAAAGAUCCCAAAAUGUCUCGCGUUGCUCUGGAGUCGCUCUACAGGCUGCUCUGGGUUUACAUCAUCAGGAUCAAGUGUGAGAGCAACACCGUCACGCAGAGUCGACUGCUCAGCAUCGUGUCAGCACUUUUCCCCAAAGGUUCCCGGAGUGUGGUGCCUAGAGACACGCCCCUCAACAUCUUUGUCAAGAUCAUCCAGUUCAUAGCACAGGAAAGACUGGACUUUGCCAUGAAGGAGAUCAUCUACGACCUCCUGAGUGUGGGCAAGUCUCAAAAAACCUUUACCAUCAAUCCAGAGAGGAUGAAUAUUGGUUUGCGAGCCUUCUUGGUGAUUGCUGACAGCCURCAGCAGAAAGAUGGAGAGCCUCCAAUGCCCACAACUGGGAUCAUCAUGCCCUCUGGAAACACCAUGCGCGUCAAAAAAAUCUUCCUCAACACCACCCUCACUGACGAAGAAGCUAAAGUCAUUGGCAUGUCCAUGUACUAUCCACAAGUAAGAAAGGCUUUGGAUAACAUUUUGCGACACCUGGACAAGGAAGUGGGACGCUCCAUGAGCAUGACCAGCGUACAGAUGUCCAACAAGGAGCCUGAGGACAUGAUUACAGGAGAAAGGAAACCGAAGAUCGAUCUGUUCCGGACAUGCGUGGCUGCGAUUCCAAGACUGAUACCAGAUGGCAUGAGCAGACAAGACCUAAUAGAACUACUAGCAAAAUUGACCAUCCACAUGGACGAAGAGCUGCGGAGCCUUGCUUUCACCACUCUGCAGGCACUGAUGAUGGAUUUCCCAGAGUGGCGAGAGGACGUCCUCUCAGGGUUUGCGUACUUCAUAGUCAGGGAGGUAACUGAUGUCCAUCCCACCCUGUUGGACAACGCUGUGAAGAUGCUGCUGCAGCUCAUCAUCCAGUGGAGUAAAGCAGCACAGGCCAGCAGUAAAGGUCACGACACACAGGGCUCAAGCAGCAGGCGCUCGCUGUCGUUGGAGCGGACCCCCACUAUAGGUGUUCUUCAUAUUGUGGAGGGCUUAGCACUGGUCGUGCUCUGUAGCUGCCGCCCGGCCACACGCAAGCUAGCUGUUAACAUCCUGAAGGAGGUCCGAGCGCUGCACACUGCUCUGGGUAUCGGCAAGGGAGAUGAAGAACUGGCCAUUGAUGUCAUGGACAGAUUAAGUGCGUCAGUGUUGGAGAGCUUCAUUUAUCUGACAGGAGCCGACCAGACCAGCUUGUUGUAUUAUCCCAGUGGGAUUGACCUUCAGACACUAGCAGAGUGGAGUUCGUCUCCCAUCAGCCACCAGUUUGAUGUGGUGAGCCCCUCCCACAUCUGGGUGUUUGCCCACGUCACGCAGGGCCAGGACCCCUGGGUCAUCAGCUUCUCCAGCUACCUGCGACAGGACAACCUGCCCAAACAUUGCCCCACRGCCCUCAACUACGCCUGGAUGUUUGCCUACACUCGCCUACAGCUGCUGUCCCCACAAGUUGACAUCAACAGUCCCAUCAAUGCCAAAAAGGUGAACAGUCUAAACAGCAGUGACUCUUAUGUUGGCCUUUGGAGGAACUACCUAAUACUCUGCUGCAGCUCUACCUCUUCCUCCCCGUCCUUGUGCCCCUCAUCCUCCACCUCUGGCUCCGUCCGCUGCUCCCCGCCUGAGACGCUGGCGUCUACACCGGACAGUGGCUACAGUUACGAGUCAAAGAUUGUUGGUACUCCAUCCCCCUCCUCCCUGUUUAAACACAUUGUUCCCAUGAUGCGCUCUGAAAGCAUGGACAUCACAGAGUCUCUGGUAUUGGGGCUUGGCAGGACUAACCCCUUUGUCUUCAGAGAGUUGAUGGAGGAGCUAAAUCCCAUUAUAAAAGAAGCUCUAGAAAGAAGACCUGAAAACAUGAAGCGACGCAGGCGUCGGGACAUCCUUAGGGUCCAGCUGGUCCGGAUAUUUGAGCUUCUUGCUGAUGCUGGUGUCAUCAGUCAAAAAGCCAGUGGAGGUUUAGAUGGAGAGAGCCACUCUCUGAACAGUACACUACUCGAGUAUGUUGAUUUGACCCGGCAGCUGCUGGAGGCAGAGAAUGACAAGGACUCCGACACUCUGAAGGACAUUCGCUGUCACUUCAGUGCACUCGUGGCCAACAUCAUUCAGAACGUUCCAGUAAACGACAGGAGGAACAUCUUCCCUCAGCAGUCUCUGCGUCACAGUCUCUUCAUGCUGUUUAGUCACUGGGCUGGUCCCUUCAGCAUCAUGUUCACUCCUCUGGAUCGCUACAGUGACAGAAAUAUGCAGAUCAAUCGCCAUCAGUACUGUGCGCUGAAGGCUAUGUCAGCAGUGCUGUGCUGUGGUCCUGUGGCUGACAAUGUUGGUCUGUCCUCUGAUGGCUACCUCUACAAGUGGCUCGAUAACAUUCUGGAUUCUCAAGACAAGAAGGUUCACCAGCUGGGCUGUGAGGCUGUGAUGCUGCUGCUGGAGCUGAAUCCAGAUCAGAGCAAUCUGAUGCUGUGGGCCGUGGAUCGUUGUUACACCGGCUCACAUCGUGUGGCCGCAGGCUGCUUUAAAGCCAUCGCUAACGUCUUUCACAACAGGGAUUAUCAGUUUGACACUGUGGUGCUGCUGAACCUGAUUUUGUUCAAGGCAGCUGACUCUUCCAGGGAUAUCUACGAGACAGCCAUGCAGCUCUUACAGAUCCUGGAGCCAAAGCUCUUCCGUUAUGCCCACAAACUGGAGAUCCAGAGAACAGAUGGCAUCCUGACCCCUCCCUCACCMCUUCCACACUUGUACUCUGUAUCUUACUACCAGCUGUCUGAGGAGCUGGCCAGGACGUACCCAGAACUCACGCUACCCAUUUUCUCAG